CCGAAACUCAAGAGCUGCUUCUAAAAAUGUCAUCAAAACCUGGCCUAAAUAAUAACCGAAAUGCACAGAUUUGGGUCCAGUCGCGGACGACUCUGGGGUUGCAGCGCUCAUCUCGCUUUAUUGGCCGAGGAAGCCGGCAUACAGCUUCCAGGACAUGUGGCCAGCAUGACUAAGCCGCUUCUGGCGAACCAGAGCAGUGCACGGAAACGGCGUUUACCUUCCCGCCAGAGCGUCUUUUGAAAGUUUCUGGCUUAGCACUGUCAGAGGAAAUGCCCUUCGCCCUUAAAGAACUAUUGCCCAAAGAAGACUUCCAAGAACAUUUUAAUAACACAAGACUACUCAACAAAACAUUACUAUUGUUUAGUUUUAAAAAGGAAGAAAAACGGAUUUGGGAAAUAUGGGGCUAUGCAUACAAUGAUCCUCGUGGCAAGCAUGCUGAAGUUUUAGUUUUAGAUUAUAUUGAAGACCAUAUCGCAAAAAACAAAACCAAAGGAAAAUAUGAACUGAAUUUUUUUGUGUCAUACGCCCCUUGCCAUGAAUGCAGUGCCAGGAUAAAAUCUUUUAUGGCACAAAGAAGUGGAAUAUGCAUGGAAAUACGAGCUUCGAAGCCAUAUUUUUUUUACAGAGAAAGAGUACGAAAAGGUCUACACCUUCUGAAGAGCUCUGGGGUUUCGAUUAAAAUGAUGAACAAAUCCGAUUACAGAAAAUGUUUGUAUCUGUUUGUACACCCAUCAGAAAACUUUACACCAUGGUCAAAUUUGGAUGAACAAAGCAAGGAGAAUGCAAAUGAUCUGGACACACUUUUGAAACAGGAGGAAGAAAAUGACAAAAUGAUUGAUUCAGACAGCAUUUCAGCUCAUACAACACAACUUGGUGCCCAAGAAAAUUCCGAACCAGAUAUUCCUUUGGAUGGUCACUGUCAAUCACCAGCAAUGGAAAGAAAUAAGCUAUCAGAACCAGAGACUCCUCGGAAAUUGAACCGUUCUCCCGGAACAAGAGAAGUGGUCUCAGGAAUUAAAAGGAAACUUGAUUUCUCAGAAGACUAGAGACGUGGAUGUAAGAUUUCCCUUUCGCUAUUAGAACCUUUGCACCUUGUUCUAGGGGGGGAAGUUUUAGGAAUCUAUGUUGGGCAUUGCAAGAUAGGGUUGCCAUCAUUUUCCCUGAUCCACCUAUAAUGGAUGCAUGGCAGACAGAUGGGUUUAGAUUUUCUAGUAUUGCUGGGCUGAGUGCUGUUUGAAUGUUGCCACUGGCAAUUGCUAUCAAUGGUUGUUGUUUUUUUGUUAUUUACCAGUUUUCCAUCUAUAGGAUGCCCCCAUGUAUAAGACGCCCCCUAUUUUUGAGGACUCUGAUUUAAGAAAAUGGGGGGAGAUGGCACAGAGUUGUUGAGCUUUUCUUUCCCAGAGGAUUGCCAGAGUUGCUGAGCUUUUUUUGGAUGGGAUUGCCCACAGUUUUGGAGCUUUUGGGGGGGGGAGUGCCCAGAGUUAUAGAGCUUUUUGGGGGGUGGAAGUGCCAAAAACCACUCACCCACCACUGACAAACAAUCCCGCUAUUGACACAGAGGCAGCCAAUUGCAAACAGCCCUUCACACAGCCACCAGUCACCCACCCUGUCGCCGCAGAAAAUCUCCUGUUCGCGGCUGCUACCAACUGCCCUCUGCACUACCCAUGUGUAAGAUGAGGGCAAAUUUUAAAGCUCUUUUUUAAAAAGAAAAAAACACUAGUCUUAUACACGGAAAAAUAUGGUAUGUUGUCCGGUUUUAAAUUAGGAUUCUUUAUACAUUGUUAUAAGAACGUAAGAGAUCUGCUGGAUCAGAUCAAAGGCCCAUCCAAGUCCAGCCUUCUGUUCUCACAGCAGCCAACCAAAUGCCUAUGGGGAGCCCACAAGCAAGACCUAAGCACAACAGAACUCGUGAUUCCCAACAACCGGUGUGGUAUUCAGAGGUAUAUGGCAUCUAUCACUGCAGACAAUACAUAGCCAUUCUUGUUUACUGUGUGAAGAACCUCCUUUUGUCUGCUGAAUCUUCCCGUCAGCAUCAUUGGAUAUCCCCAGGUGCUACUAUUACUGCAGGGGGGACUUCUAUCAUCUUUCUGCACACUAUGCACAAUUUUAUAUGCCUCUAACAUGCCCGUCCUCGCCAAAUAGUAUAACCUAUUCUCAUAGGGGAGGUGCUUCAGCCCUUUAAUAAUAAUUUUGGGUAUCCCCCUUCUGAACCUUUUCCAAUUCAUAUAUCAAAUUUUAAAUACAUGAAUAGAAAGUGAUGGUUAUACUUUAUAUUUGGCUUUGAUAUAGAAAAAAUAGAGGUGGUUGGCUUCUGCUGCCCAACUCCCCUAAGUCCAUGAUCGGUCAGAAAUGAAUGGACGGAGGCAGGGUGCAGUGAAAGCAAGGCAGAUCUUUAUUUUUCUGUUCAACAGAGUUCCCUCCCCUCCUUGCAAGGAGGCAAGAGAGACCCAGAACCAAUAAGAAACAUCUCUUUUAAGGCAGGUAGGUAGCCGUGUUGGUCUGAGUCGAAGCAAAAUAAAAAAUUAAGGUGCUACUGAAGGAAUUUUUUUAUUUUGCUUCGACUCAGACCAACACGGCUACCUACCUGUAACUAGAACUAUGGAAGGCACCACAUUGAGCCGCAUGAAAUGGAAGUCCAUCAACCUCACCAAGAAACUUGCACGGGUACAAACUGACAUCUUCUUUCUGACUAAAUGCAAAAACCUGGACAUUGUACCUAAGGGUCUUAGAAUUAAGAACCCUCUUCAAUCAACUUAUCCCACAGAAUAUGCUAGGAAACUUUGCCACACUUUAUCCAAACUUUAAGGUGCUACUGAAGGAAUUUUUAAAUCUCUUUUAAGGGUUUGCAUUUUGGCUUGGAGAAGGACACCUCUACAAACAGCCAGCAAUUACAUCAGACAUAAGGUGGGGUUACUGUGCCUCAGGCAGGCCAAGGUGUGAUAAAUCCUGAGGAUUUAGCAAGUUUUACAUAGUUCCAGACACAGUUUACAAAAAAACAUUAGCAUUUGAUAAGACAAUCAGGAUGCCCAUCAGACAACCCUCAAUGCAGAGCAUCUGGGCAGGCAAUGACCAUUAAUGAGAAAGGAAUCCCUCCAGAAACUUCCCCUGAUUGCUAUCAGCCUACAGUACCUGGUCUCAGGCAAGAUGGGAUUAAGGAGGCAGAGGAAAUAUUUAGAAUCUUUAGGAGAGCCAAGAUGGCUUUUGGAUUGCUCCUUUGUACGGCAUGUGUUUUAUAUACUUAGGUAUGUGUGUUUACCUUGUGCAAUUAUCGACAUUUGUUCUAUAUUUAAGGCUUUAGAAUUCCUAUAACAGCUUUAUAAUACCCUCAUAUUUUUCUUUGUAUGCCUGUAUUUUGAUAUACAUUGUAAUUUUUUUAAACUUGGGUUUGGAGGAAUGAAGCAAUUCUGAUGGAUUUCUUUGUAGCAAGACCCAGCUCCUCACCAUGUUAUCUGUGCUUGUGCACAUCAAAGAUUUCUCUGAAUUUUUUUUAUAAAGUAUUUAUCAUGAGCUUGAUAUUUGAAAGUAACAAAUGAGACCUGCAACCAAUUGGUCCUGUGUGGGGUGAUGCCGCUCAGGAAUAAUGCCAACCAGCCACACACUUUUCCAUGGUUGGUGUGCAUUAUUCCCCAGCACUGUUUUUUUCCAGCAGUCCGUCAGCAUUCUAUAUCCACUCAGUCCUCAAUUGGCUUUUUUGUGGGGGUGGGGUGGGGAGUCCCCUAAAUAUAUUUUUGUACUUCUGCAAACAUUGGGGUUCUCUCAAGCUUGCUAACCGAAAUAAUCUUGAAGGUGCCAAAACAUUUCUACACUUCUUCUUCUUGCCAAUUUUCAUGGAAUUAUGAAGCCAAUAUCAUUCCAUUUCAAACAAGUGUGCAGGUUUUAUCUUUGAUCCCCGCCCCCCCCCUUUAGCCUGAGUAGCAGCUAUCGUGGUAGAAAAAAACCAGUGGCAAUUUUUAUUUACUGUACUAUUGUUCCUUUUAUUAUGUCCAUGCUGUAGUGGUUUGUAACAAUUCAAAGAAGCCAAAUAAGGUAAAUUUGUAGCAGAAUAUUGCUAGGGCUAGUUACAAAUCUCCUCCUCACACGGCUUUUUUUCAGCGAGAACUUGGGCAGCAUUGCCAUUAUAAGAGAACUUGUUCAUGGCAAGUUCCGGGAGCUCUUUUUCUAGAAUAGUAGCACUGGAGGUCAUACAGAUAUAUCACUCUUAUUAGCAACAGCAACAUGAUCAAACUUUACUGCAUUUCCAAUCAUAGGGGUUAACAGGACUGAGAAACUUGUCACCAUUGUGACAAAGUGGUGAUGCAAUAAUUAUGAUCAUGCACCUCAUGUUUAACCCUUAAUAAGACAGCCAUGAAAUAACCUUGAUUUUUUAAAACAAAAUUUAGAAUUUAGAAGUUUAGAAUAGCUGGGAGGGGAUAAGGAAUUACAUGGAGACAGCAACUCUAGAUUCAGUGUAACUGACUAAAGGCUGCAAGCCUAGCCACACAUAUGCAUCCUUGGGAGUAGGUUCCAUUUAACUCUAUGGCACUUACGCCAGAGUAGACAAGCAAAGGACAGUAAUGAAAGGCUUGCUAUCUUCACAUGGGAACAAGUUGUUUUGAUGGCUCAAAAGAAAAUAAAAACUACUUUUGCCAUAGAAGUGCUCUAAGAUUACUUGCACUAGGCUAGAACACAACCAUACCAUCAUCAUAUGAAAUCGUGUACUGUGAUUUAAUAGACCAUGAAAUGCUAUGACAUAAUUUCCAUGAAACUCUCAGAACUCUAUAUUCAAUAAUGGUCUGGGACUCAACAAAUUUUUGUGGGAUACCAAUCUUUCUGUGUUCACCACUGUGCAUUUCACAGAUUAUAAAAAUAAAGAUAUUUGUGUAAUCAUA